AGAUAAUUUUGUGGCUGCAAUUCAGUGACAAGAAAGGGAGACUGACUUCCCUUGCAGAGAGAAUUCUCUUGCUGCUCUGAGCCUAUCGAUACGCGAGAUUCGAGUGUCGUUCUACUCGUCUGACGUUCUCGUAGUCAGCCUAGCCCGGAUAAGUUUUUCACGCCUCGACAAGAAGGCUGCGGGUGCUCUGCAAGCGGUUUGUUUGAGUUUUGCUCGUUCGGAUAGUUGUCGACUCUGAUUGACUGAGAAUUCACGGUUUUCGGCUGUUGGAAUUAUGGCUCAAGCCGAGGCACCUCUGAAGCCCAUGGCUGCGGCUGAAACCGCAACAUCACCGAAACAGGUGACCAUCAAGGAAGGAGCACCAACAGUGAUGCCUGAACCUGCUCCCGGAGGAGCACCAGCUGGAAUUCCCAUGGCCCAGACUGAGAUUCCUACCGAGAAGACGGUAGAUAAUGCAGGUGCCCUGGUGCCACAUGAAGCCAGCCGCUCAGCUCCAACUUCACCAGGAGCUCCCACAGCCACCAAAUCUGGAACUGAUAUGUCUCCUGGCAAGAAGGGCUCCAAUUUGAAGGCCGAAGCCUUUGCGGACGCUCACAGCAAGAGAGUUGAGACCGAAGCACAGGCCUAUCUGGAAUCUGAAAUCCGAAAGGCCGAGGCACACGCGGAACGGCUGUCGGCCAAGGCGGAAAAGGAUAGGAUGAACGCUGAGGCCAAGGCGUUGGAAGCUCGCAAGAAGGAAGACCAGCGUGCAGAUCAGUUGGUCCACGCCACCGAGAUUAAAGUUGACAAGAUCAUGUCACAAGCCAAGGAGAAAGCUUUGUUGAUCAAGGCAAGCGCACAAGAAGAAGCGGAGAAACUUAUUGCUGAUGCAAACACCAAAGCUCAAAGGGCCAAGGCAGAGAUAGAGGAGGUUAAGCAAAGGCAAAUUGCUGAGUUCCGGGAUAAGGCGGAGCAAAUGAUAGCAGUCGGCGAACUGCCCCCAGACAAUAAAGGCUUUAUGGGGAAAUUGUGCAUGGCUGCAUAACUGUACUCUAUGUCUUGUGGCUGCCUGUCGCAGUUGAAAUCUCUUCCAGCAGUCCAAUGUAUGUACAAUACAAUCACACUAUUUAUUUCUGGAUGAACCGUCUGUUCACCGCAUUCUUUGUACCACGAUUGAUACGAGCCAAGUGUUUGGACACAAGUUGAUCUAUCACAUCAUGUCACAUUGAUAGAUGGCCAGUUUUACGAGACAGUAGGUGGGAAAAUUGUGAACGUGUGGUUUGCUGUCAACUGUCCAUCUCGUCCAUAUGUAAAGUAAAAAUCAGGUAGUACUAUUCAGCAGUGUUUUAGAAACUCUCUGCCGAGCUGGAGGUGGAAGGGAAUCAUUGGUAGCUUUACAGAAAUCCCCACCGGUGUUUAGAACAAUUCGCAUCUGUAUCCAAUUACUCGCUUGAGUUGCAAAAUAAAGAUAUGGUAAUGGCAAAUUAGCAGUUACUUUUUUUUUUU